AUGUCGACAAGCAGUGGCAAGCCGCUCCUCGUCGUGAUCCGCCGGAGCAAGCUCUCCGUAGGAGAUGAGGGCCGCCGCAUCUGCACAGAGUUCAAGCAGGCCAAGUACCCCUUCAAGUGGAGAAGGUACAUGUGCGCUAGGUGUGGGAUGCUCCGUGAGGAGCACAACACCUGCAAGAGCAAGCUCUCCGCAGGAGAUGGGGGCAAGCACGACACCAGCAAGAGCAAGCUCCCUGCAGGGGAUAAGGGUGAGCAAUCCGCUGACAAGUGCAAGCUCUCUGCAGAAGAUGAAGGUGAGCGCAGCGCCAACAAGAGUAAGAUAUCUGCAGGAGAGGAGGGCGAGCGUUUCUGCACCGAGUUCAAACAGGCCAAGUACCCCUUCAAGUGGAGAAAGUACAUGUGUGCCAGGUGUGGGGUGCUCCGUAGCGAGCACGGCGUUAGCAAGGCCAAGGCCAAAGUCGACGACGACACGGAGAAUAUCAAGGAGGAGGACCUGCCGCCACGCAAGAGGCUCAUUCUCAGGUUCAAACGGUCACAGGCCCUUGCUGCUGCUGCUGCUGCUGCCACAUCCAGGGAGAAGGAGAACAAGGAGGGGGAGCUAGAGGAAGGGGAGAUCAACUGGAGCCCCGGCGCGACGAUUGCCAAGGGGAAGAGAGCCCCAAGGAGAAAGCGCUAG